AUGCUAAUAACGACUGCUGACCAAUUGAAAUGGAAGCUUACAAAUGUCGACAGCACAACUCCCGACAAAAGCAAUGCAACCAUCUACAAGAACUGUCAGUCCUACACCACGAAUUGGCCGAUAAUCGUAAACUCAACCACUCCAUUUGUCACCACAACACCACAAAGCACGACAACAAUGGGUAUCACUACGACAACAGUCGGCAAUCAAAAUACGAGAACGACGAUUGGAACUACAACUGGAAAUGUAUCGUCACAACUACAACAGACUCCACAACUACCACAACAAGUACUACCACCACCUCAACUCCCACUACGACCACAACUUUACUCACGAUUAUCUCAACAACAACAACAACAACAACCCAGCCACCGAAUCCAAUCACGACGGCAGCUGGAACUUGUCCAAAUGGCUACCGGUGGGAAACUGGUAACUUUGAUGACUCGGCGGUGGCUCAAGGGAAAUUUGUUGGUUAUCUCAACUACAUCGAUUCAUGUUACGAGUCUUGCCGCA